UGGAAUGGAAACACUGUCUGCACUUUAACAUUUCCAUGAGGUUCUCCAUCAUCUCACAGCAAACUGUUUCUUCUCUCCAUCCUCUCUCCUUCCUCCUGUCCUCCUCCAUCCCUCCUUCCCAUCAGCACUGGAAGGCCGAGGCCCAGAGGCACGUCACCGAUCUCUACGAAGACCUGAGGGACGGACACAACCUGAUCUCCCUGCUGGAGGUCCUGUCUGGAGAGAUGUUGCCGAGGGAGCGCGACGUUGUGAGGAGCGUGCGGUUGCCGCGGGAGAAGGGCCGAAUGCGUUUCCACAAGCUGCAGAACGUCCAGAUCGCUCUGGACUUCCUCAAGCACAGACAGGUCAAACUGGUUAACAUCAGAAAUGAUGACAUUGCAGAUGGAAACCCCAAGCUGACUCUGGGCCUCAUAUGGACCAUCAUCCUCCACUUCCAGAUCUCGGACAUCCAGGUGAACGGCCAGUCGGCCGACAUGACGGCCAAGGAGCGUCUGCUGCUGUGGGCCCAGCGGAUGGUGGAGGGCUACCAGGGGCUGCGCUGCGACAACUUCACCACCAGCUGGAGGGACGGCCGGCUGCUCAACGCCGUCAUUCACAGGCACAGGCCCAGCCUCAUCGACAUGAACCAGGUGUACCGGCAGACCAACCAGGAGAACCUGGAGCAGGCCUUCAGUGUGGCUGAGCGAGAGCUGGGAGUCACCAGGCUGCUGGACCCAGAAGAUGUGGACGUUCCCCACCCAGAUGAGAAGUCCAUCAUCACGUACGUCUCCUCGCUGUACGACGCCAUGCCCCGCGUCCCGGACAUCCAGGACGGCGUCAAGGCCAACGAGCUGGAGCUGCGCUGGCAGGAGUACUACGAGGUGGUCACCGUGCUGCUGCAGUGGAUCCGCCACCACAUCCUGGUCUUCCAGGAGAGGAAGUUCCCCAGCAGCUACGAGGAGAUCGAGGUUCUCUGGCGCCAGUUCCUGAAGUUCAAGGAAACCGAGCUGCCGGCCAAAGAGGCAGACAAGAACCGCUCCAAACACAUCUUCAAGUCGUUUGAGGGUGCCGUGCAGGCCGGCCUGGUGAAGGUUCCUCCAGGCUACCAUCCGCUGGACGUGGAGAAGGAGUGGGGGCGUUUGCAUGUGGGCAUCCUGGAGCGAGAGCGCCUCCUCCGGACCGAGUUUGAGAGGCUGGAGCGACUCCAGAGGAUCGUCAGUAAGGUCCAGAUGGAGUCGGGGGUGUGUGAGGAGCAGCUCAACCAGGUGGAGACGCUGCUGCAGACGGAUGUGAGGAUGAUGAGUUCUGGGAAACCGGCUCAGCACACAGCAGAGGUGGAGGCAGACCUGGAGAAAGCAGAGGCAAUGAUCCGCUUGCUCUUCAAUGAUGUACAGCUGCUGAAAGAUGGACGCCAUCUGCAGGCCGAACAGAUGUAUCGCAGAGUCUAUCGUCUCCAUGAGAGGCUCGUAAACGUCCGCAGUGAGUACAACCUGCGCCUGAAGUCAGGCGUGACCACCACCCAGAUCCCCAUGACCCAGAUCCCCAUGACCCAGAUCCCCAUGACCCAGAUCCCCAUGACCCAGAUCCCAGUUCAGGUCCACUCCCAGGUCGGUCCACCCCAGCAGUCCUCCAGGGUGCGUCCGGAGCUGGACGAGGUCACGCUGCGCUACGUGCUGGACCUACUGGGUUGGGUGGAGGACAACCAGCGGCGGGUGGAGGAGGGCGAGUGGGGCUCCGACCUGCCCAACGUGGAGACGCAGCUGGGCAGCCACCGGGGCCUGCACCAGUCUGUGGAGGAGUUUCGCUCCAAGAUCGAGAGGGCGAAGGCCGACGAGGGUCAGAUUUCUCCGGCCUGUAAGGCUGCGUACCGGGAAUAUCUGGGAAAACUGGAGCUGCAGUACGGAAAGCUUCUGAGCGCCUCUAAGGCUCGCCUGCGCCACCUGGUGGAGCUGCACGCCUUUGUCAGCGCAGCCACUAAGGAACUAAUGUGGCUGAACGAGAAAGAGGAGGAAGAGGUCAACUACGACUGGAGCGACAAGAACUCCAACAUGGCUUCCAAGAAGGAAAGCUACUCGGGCCUGAUGCGAGAGCUGGAGCUGCGGGAGAAGAAGGUGAACGGCGUCCAGGCCUCCGGAGACAAGCUGCUGCGGGACGGACACCCUGCCAGGCCAACCAUCGAGGCGUUCACUGCGGCGCUGCAAACGCAGUGGAGCUGGCUGCUGCAGCUCUGCUGCUGCAUCGAGACACACCUGAAGGAGAACACCGCCUACUUCCAGUUUUUCACCGAUGUGAAGGAGGCUGAGGAGAGGAUGAGGAAGAUGCAGGAAGUGAUGAAGAGGAAGUACACCUGCGACCGCUCCGUCACGGUGACUCGGCUGGAGGAUCUGCUGCAGGACGCUGCUGACGAGAAGGAGCAGCUGGCCGAGUUUCAAACCCACCUGGAGGGUCUGAAGCGCCGCGCCAAGACUGUGGUCCAGUUAAAGCCCAGGAACCCGGCCAGCGCCACCAAAGGGAAGCUGCCGGUCCAGGCCGUCUGCGACUUCAAGCAGAUGGAGAUCACAGUCCACAGAGGGGACGAGUGCGCUCUGCUCAGCAACUCCCAGCCGUUCAGCUGGCGGGUUCUGAACGACCGCGGCAGCGAGGCGGCGGUCCCGUCCGUCUGCUUCCUGGUUCCACCCACCAAUAAGGACGCGGUGAACAGCGUCGCCGGGCUGGACGGGAACCUGCAGCGCCUGCAGGCCAUGUGGCAAACCAUGUUUGUGGACCUGAAGAGCCUGCUGUCCUGGCAGUACCUGAUGAGGGACGUCCACAUCAUCAACUCCUGGAACGUCACCAUGUUUAAGACUCUGCGGGUGGACGAGUACCGGCUGGCGCUCCGAAACCUGGAGCAGCACUACCAGGACUUCCUGCGGGACAGUCCUGACUCGCAGAUGUUCGGGGCGGAAGACCGGAUGCAGGUGGAGUCCAGCUACAACCGGGCCAGCCAGCACUACCAGACCAUGGUCAGCGCCGCAGAGCAAGGCUUCGUCCUGCCCAGAGCAGGCGAUCAGGACGAGUCGCUGUGUCAGACCUUCCUGACCCAGAUGAAGGACCUGCGUCUGCGUCUGGAGCGCUGCGAGAACAAAACGCUGACGCGUCUGCGGCAGCCGGCCGACGGCGAGCCGCUGAGGGCCUGCGCUGCCAAGACGGCCGAGCAGAUGAAGGUCCAGGCCGAGCUGGAGGGCCUGCAGAAGGAGCUCGGCGCCGUCGCUGAGAAGACGGAGGCGGUUCUGGCGGGUCCGCAGCCGGCCGGCGCCGGUCCGAUUUUGCGCUCCGAGCUGGACCUGACCCUGAAGAAGAUGGAGGCCGUCUACGGCCUGUCCACCGUCUACCUGGACAGGCUGAAGACCAUCGACGUUGUGAUCAGGAGCGCCAACGAUGCCGAAGAGUCGCUGCAGAGCCUGGAGUCGCGCCUGCGGGACGCGGCCAAGGUUCCGGCGUCGGAGCCAGAGGUGGAGGAGCAGCGCGGCCAGCUGAAGGCGCUGCGCGGCGAGGCCGAGGCCGACCGGGCCGUCUUCGACCGGCUGCCGGAUGAGCUGCGGCGCGCGGCCGCCGUCGGCGACAGGACGAGCCGGAUCCACGGCGAACGCGACGACGAGCUGGAGCGGUACCGGCGGCUGGCGGCCGGCCUGCUGGAGCGCCGGCAGAACCUGCUGGCCCAGACGGAGCUGCGGCUGCGGGAGCUGCAGCAGCUGCAGCGCCGCAUGCGCAGCCACAGGGACGGCUGCGACUCGCUGAGCUGCUGGCUGGAAGAUGUCCGGCAGAGACACCGGGACGUCCAGGACGUCCCCAUCGGAGACGGAGCGGCACUGCGGGACCGGCUGGCCCAGGAGGAGAAACUCCUGGAGGAAAUGGAGAAGAACCGAGACGAAGUGGAGAGUUGUUAUAAAAACGCUACAGCGUACAUCGACUCCAUCAAGGAUUACGAGCUGCUGGUGCUGACCUACAGAGCGCUGCAGGAUCCCACGGCUUCUCCUCUGAAGAAACCGCGGAUGGAGACUUCCUCCGACGGCGUCAUUCAGGAGUACGUGUCGCUGCGGAGCCGCUACAGCGAGCUGAUGACGCUCGCCGCACAGAGCGUCCGCUUCGUCUCCGACGCGCAGCGCCGCCUGGAGGCCGACCAGAAAACAUCGGAGCAGCUGAAAGAAGAGGAAAGGAGGAAGCUGGCCGAGGUUCAGGCCGAGCUGGACAAGCAGAAGCGGCUGGCUGAAGCUCAGGCUCAGUCGGCAGCCAGGGCGGAGCAGGAGGCGGAGGAGCUGAAGCUGCAGAUGCAGCAGGAGGCCAGCAGGAGGCAGGGCGCGGCCGCCGACUCCGAGCAGCAGAAGAAGAACAUCCAGCAGGAACUGCAGCAGCUGAGGAGUCUGUCGGAGCAGGAGGCCAGGUCCAAGAGCCAGCAGCUGCAGGAGGCGCUGGACAGCCGCUCCAAGAUCGAGGAGGAGAUCCGCCUGGUCCGCAUCCAGCUGGAGACCACCAUGAGGCAGAAGACCUCCGCCGAGUCCGAGCUGCAGAGCCUCCGGGACAGGGCCGCCGAGGCCGACACGCUCCGCAGGGCCGCUCAGGACGAGGCGGAGCGGCUCCGCAGGCAGGUGGCAGAGGAGACCCAGAAGAAGAAAACCGCAGAAGACGAGCUGAAGCGCAAAGCAGAAGCCGAGAGGGAGGCGGCCAAGCAGAAGCAGAAAGCCCUGGAGGAGCUGCAGAGGUUCAAAACGCAGGCGGAGGAGGCGGAGCGGCGCGUGAAGCAAGCUGAGGAGGAGCAGCUGAGGCAGGUCAAGGUGGUGGAGGAGGUGGCACAGCGGAGCGCCGCCACCCAGAUGCAGACCAAGGUCUCGCUGUUCACCGAGAAGACCACCCAGCUGGAGGAGUCGCUGAAGAAGGAGCAAGGCGCGGUACUGCAGCUGCAGGAAGAAGCCGAGCGGCUCAGGAAGCUGCAGGAUGAAGCCGACAGAGCCAGGCAGCAGGCGGAGCAGGAGCUGGAGACAUGGAGGCAAAAAGCCAACGAGGCGCUGCGCCUGCGGCUGCAGGCAGAGGAGGAAGCCCAGAAGAAGAGCCAGGCUCAGCAGGAGGCCGAGCGGCAGAAGGUCGAAGCCGAGCGAGACGCCAAGCGGAGGACCAAGGCGGAGGAGGCGGCGCUGAAACAGAAGGACAGCGCCGAGAAGGAGCUGGAGAAGCAGCGGCAGUUCGCCGAGCAGAUUGCUCAGCAGAAACUGUCCGCUGAGCAGGAGUGCAUCCGUCUCAAGGCCGACUUCGAGCACGCCGACCAGCAGAGGGCGCUGCUGGACAGUGAGCUGCAGCGGCUGAAGAACGAGGUCAGCGCCGCAGAGAGCCAGAGGAAACAGCUGGAGGACGAGCUGGCCAGGGUCCGCGGAGAGAUGGACAUCCUGCUGCAGAUGAAGGUCAAAGCUGAGCAGGAGACGCUGUCCAAGACGGAGAAGAGCAAGCAGCUGCUGGAGUCAGAGGCUCUGAAGAUGAAGCAGCUGGCCGAGGAGGCGGCACGGCUCCGAGGCGUCGCUGAGGAGGCCCAGAGGCAGCGGCAGAGGGCCGAGGAAGAGGCGGCGCAGCAGAGGGCCGAGGCAGAGAAGAUCCUCAAGGAGAAGCUGGCCGCCAUCGACGAGGCCACGCAGGUGAAGACGCAGGCAGAGAUCGCCCUGAAGGCCAAGGAGGCCGAGAACGAGAGGCUGAAGAGGAAGGCUGAGGAAGAGGCGUAUCAGAGGAAGCUCCUGGAGGACCAGGCCGCCCAGCACAAGCAGCAGAUCGAGGAGAAGAUGAGUCAGCUGAAGGGCUCGUCCGAGUCCGAGCUGGAGAGGCAGAAGACGGUGGUGGACGAAACUCUGAGGCAGAAGACGGUGGUGGAGGAGGAGAUCCGCAUCAUCAGGCUCAACUUUGAGAAAGCAGCGAAGGAGAAGUCCAGCCUGGAGCAGGAGCUGAAGAAGCUGAAGGAUGCUGCAGAGCAGACGCAGAAGAGCAGGCUGAAGGCCGAAGAAGAGGCGGAGAAACUGAAACAACUGGCAGCAGAGGAGGAGAAGAAGAGGAAGGAAGCUGAGGAGAACAUGAAGAGGAUCACUGCUGCAGAAGAAGAGGCGGCUCGCCAAUGCAAGGCCGCUCAGCAGGAAGUGGAGCGGCUCAAGAAGAAGGCGGAGGAAGCCAACCAGCAGAGGAGCAACGCCGAGAAAGAGGCGGAGAGGCAGGUGGUCCUGGCAAAGGAAGCGGCGCAGAAAUGCAGCGCUGCAGAGCAGAAGGCCCAAAACGUCCUGAGCAAGAACAAAGAGGACGUCCUCGCUCAGGAGAAGCUCAGAGACGAGUUUAACAACGCAAAGAAGCUCGCCGAAGUCGCUGAGAAGGCCAAAGAGGAGGCAGAGAAAGAGGCGGCGUUGCUUCGCCAGAAAGCCGAGGAGGCCGAGAAGCAGAAAAAAUCUGCAGAAGAAGAAGCCGCGAAACAGGCCAAGGCUCAACAAGAUGCAGAGAGACUGAGGAAAGAGGCGGAGGAGGAGGCAUCGCGGCGGGCUGCAGCCGAAGCUGCGGCGCUGCAGCAGAAGCAGCAGGCGGAUGCAGACAUGGCCAAACAUAAGAAGGAGGCGGAGCAGGCGCUGAAGCAGAAGUCUCAGGUAGAGAAGGAGCUGUCAGCCAUCAAGCUGCAGCUGGAGGAAACAGACAAGCAGAAGGAGCUUCUGGAUGCUGAGCUGCAGAGAGUUAAAGGAGAAGUCAACGACGCCGUCAAACAGAAAGCGCAGGUGGAGCAAGAGCUCUCCAGAGUCAAGAAUCAGAUGGACGAGCUCCUCAAAGUCAAACUGAAAAUCGAGGAGCAAAACCGCCUCCUCCUGCAGAAAGACCAAGACAACACCCAGAAGUUGCUCCAGGAGGAGGCUGAGAAGAUGCAGCACCUGGCAGCAGAGGCCGCUCGGCUCGCAGUGCAGGCUGAAGAUGCAGCCAGGCAGAGGCAGGCGGCUGAGGCAGACCUUGCUGAGCAGAGAGCGCUCGCUGAGAAGAUGCUGAAGGAGAAGAUGCAGGCCAUCCAGGAGGCCAUAAGACUGAAGGCUGAAGCUGAGGAGCUGCAGAAGCUGAAGGACCAGGCCCAGGAGACGGCUAAAAAACUACAGCAGGACAAACAGCAGAUCCAGCAGCGCCUCCAUAAGGACACUGAAGACUUCCAGAAAUCUCUGGAAGUGGAGCGCUCCAGGCAGCUGGAAGCAUCUGCUGAGGCAGAGAAGCUGAAGCUCAGAGUCAUGGAGCUCAGCGCCGCCCAGACGAAAGCCGAGGGCGAGGCCAAGAAGUUCAGGAAGCAAGCCGAUGAAGCUAAAGCUCGUCUGCAGGAGACCGAAAAACAGGCAACGGAAACCGCGGUGCAGAAGCUGGAGACGCAGAGGCUGCAGAGCACCAGAGAGGCUGACGAUCUGAAGAGAGCCAUCGCUGAGCUGGAGGACGAGAAGAAGAAGCUGAGAAAAGAUGCUGAGGAGCUGCAGAAGAAAACCCAGCAGAUGGCGACCGCCCAGCAGGAGCAGAUCGAGCAGCAGAAGGUCAUCCUUCAACAGUCGUUCCUCAGUGAGAAGGAGCUGCUGCUGAAGAGAGAGCGAGCCAUUGAAGACGAGAAGAAAAAGCUGGAGAAGCAGUAUGAGGAGGAGGUGAAGAAGGCCAAGGCGUUCAAAGAAGAACAGGAGCGCCAGCGUGCUCUCAUGGAGGAGGAGAGGAAGAAGCUGCAGGCCGUGAUGGACGAGGCUGUAAAGAAGCAGAAAGAGGCAGAAGAAGAGAUGAAAGCCAAGCAGAGGGAGGUGGAGGAGCUUGAGAAGAAGAGGCUGGAAGAGGAGAAACUCCUGGAGGAUGAGAACAAGAAGCUCAGAGAGAAACUCCAGAGCCUGGAAGGAGCUUCUAAAACGGGAACGACCAAAACUAAGGAAAUGGAAGUUCAGACGGAUGACGUUCCCGAGGAGCAGCUGGUCUCCAUGACGAUGGUGGGAACAACCAGAAAGGUUCUGAAUGGUGCCGUCGAAGUGGACGGGGUGAAGAAAGAUGGAGGAUCUCCCUACACAUUUGAUGGAAUCAGAGAGAAGGUUCCUGCAGAGAGACUCUUUGACCUCGGUGUCCUGACCAAGAAGGACAUGGACAAACUAAGAAAAGGCAAAGUGACCGUGCAGGAGCUGGAGAAGACGGACAAAGUUCGAUCAUGUCUGAAGGGCCAGAACUGCGUCGGAGGCAUCCUGACUCCAUCUAAGGAGAAGAUGAGCAUCUACAACGCCAUGACAGAAAACAAGAUCACUCCGGACUCUGCCACCAUGCUUCUGGAAUCUCAAGCAGCUUCAGGCUUCAUUGUUGAUCCGGUGAAAAAUAAACUUCUGUCUGUAGACGAGGCUGUUAAGGAGGAGUUAGUUGGGCCUGAGCUCCACGACCGGAUGCUUUCUGCUGAGCGCGCAGCCACUGGCUUUAGAGAUCCGUACACUGGAGCCAGAAUCUCUCUGUUUGAGGCCAUGAAGAAGGGCCUCAUUGAUAAAGAGCAAGCCACCAAAUUCCUGGAUGUGCAGCUCGCCACGGGUGGGAUAGUGGAUCCCAUCAACAGUCACAGAGUCCCACUUCAGACAGCUUACAAGCAAGGCCACUUUGAUGCAGACAUGAACAAGAAACUCAGUGAAGAGCCCAAGUCAUUCACUGACCCCAGCACUCAGGAGCCACUCACCUACAAACAGCUGCUGGAGAAAUGCACCAAAGACCCAGACACCGGCCUGAUGAUGUUACCGGUGACGGAAAGAGCCGGUCAGAGAGAGAGAACCUACACGGAUAUGGAGACUAGAGAGGUGUUCAGCAGAUCCAGUGUUGAUGUUCCAUUUGGAAAGUUCAAAGGAAAGACCGUCACCAUCUGGGAGGUGAUAAAUUCAGAGUAUUUCACAGAGGAGCAAAGAAGAGAACUGAUCCGUCAGUAUAAGACAGGCAAGAUCACCGUAGAGAAGGUCAUCAAGAUCGUCAUCACUGUUGUGGAAGACAAGGAGAAGGACAGUGGAAAUGUCUUCAAUGGUCUGAGGGCUCCAGUGAGCGCUACUGAGCUGCUCGAGUCUAAGAUUAUAAACAAAGACUUGUUCAACAAGCUGAGCAAUGGGAAGAUCUCAGUUAAAGAAGUUUCUGAGAUGGAUGCUGUGAAGAAGGCUCUGCAAGGAACGCCCAGCAUCGCAGGUCUCCUGAAUGAACCAACCAAAGAGAAAAUGCCGUUCUAUCAAGCCUUGAAAAAGGAAUUACUCUCCCCAGAGACGGCUGUGAAUCUCCUCGAAGCUCAAGCAGCAACAGGAUUUAUGAUAGAUCCUGUAAAAAAUGAGCGUAUGCCUGUCGAUGAAGCUGUUAAAUCAGGUCUUGUUGGUCCAGAGCUGCACGAACGCCUCCUGUCAGCAGAGCGAGCCGUCAGCGGCUACAGAGAUCCCUACACAGGGAAAAAGGUGUCUGUUUUUGAAGCCAUGAGCAAAGGCCUGGUAAAGAAAGACCAAGGCAUCCGUCUGCUGGAAGCUCAGCUCUCAACAGGAGGAGUUAUUGAUCCCAUUAAAAGCUGUCGCAUCCCUAAUGAGGUCGCCUGCAAGCGAGGAUACUUUGAUGAAGAAAUCGACAAGACUCUGAAUCAAAACACAGACGAGACAAAAGUUUUUUAUGAUCCCAACUCACAGCAAGAUGCCACCUACGCACAACUCAUGUAUAAAUGUGUCACAGACAAAGAAACUGGAUUGCCAUUACUUCCUCUGUCAAAGAAGGCUCCAAAGCCGAAGGAGGACAAACGCAUAACAGAGGCCAAAACGAAAGAGGCCCUAAGCCAGAAGACAAUGGAGCUGGAAUAUGGACCCUUCAAAGGAAGAAAAGUCACAAUCUGGGAAAUCAUAAACUCUAAGUACAUCACUGAGGAACAGAGACUGGAGCUGAUCCGUCAGUACAGGAUGGGACUGGUAACAAUCGAGAAGCUCAUAAAGAUUGUGAUAACAACCAUUGAUGAAAAAGAGGACAAAACCAAGGAAGAAGCUUGUUUUGAAGGCCUGAGAGAACCAGUCACCGCCAGCUCUCUGUUUGAUUCCAACAUCAUUGACAAGGCCACAUUUGACCAACUCCAGCAGGGUAAGAAGGCUCCCAAAGAGGUUGGUCAGACUGACAGAGUCAGAAAGUACCUGCAUGGCACUGACCGCAUCGAUGGCGUCACCAUGGAAGGCUCAGAUGAGAAGUUAAGCAUUUAUGAAGCUAUGAAACGGCGUGUUUUACAGCAUAGUACUGGACUGGCUCUUCUUGAAGCCCAAGCUGGUACCGGAUUUAUAACCGAACCAGUAAAAAACCAGAAAUAUUUUGUGGAUGAUGCUGUGAAGGCUGGAGUUGUUGGUCCUGAGCUUCAUGAGAAACUUCUUUCAGCUGAAAAAGCAGUCACAGGAUACAAAGACCCAUAUACGGGCAACAAGAUCUCCCUGUUCCAGGCCAUGAAGAAGGAACUGGUGUUAAGGGAGCAUGCUAUUCCUAUUCUAGAAGCUCAGAUCACAACUGGUGGAAUAAUCGAUCCAGUUAGCAGCCAUCGUGUUCCCAAUGAUGCAGCCAUCCAGCGGGGCUUCUUCAGUAAAGAAAUGUUGAAAUCAUUCAGCGAAGAGACAGGCGACAUCAAAGGCUUCACCAACCCCAACACCAACGAACGGGUAACUUACAGACAGCUGCUGGAGAAAUGCAGAAGAGACCCCAACACUGGUCUGUGCUACCUGCCUCUGUCAAAAGUUGAAGCUCCUGCAGUGACUGAGAAAUCCUAUGAGUACACAGAGGAGCAAGCUCAACAAGACCUAGCCAACACUCAGAUUGAGAUCCCUCAUCAGAGCUUUGCAGGAAAGAGCUUGACCAUCUGGGAGGUGAUGAACUCAAACUUGCUUCCUGAAGAGGAGAGGCGGCGGCUCCUGGAGCAGUACCGCUUGGGCCAGAUCACAAAGGAAAGGAUGCUCAUCAUCAUCAUCGAAAUCAUUGAGCAAAGAGAAACUCUGAAGCUGGAGCAGACCAUGUCAUGUGACGUGAUCAGGAGAAGGGUUACUAUCGAGGAGCUGUACAGCGCUCGGAUUAUUGACCUGCAGACGUACAACCUCCUGAAACAGGAGAAGAUGAGCGUCCAGGAGGUGAUGGAGAUGCCGUCAGUGAAGCAGUACCUCUUUGGAACAGGUUGCAUUGCGGGAAUCAUGUCAGACAGUCCUCCUAAAAUCAGCAUUUACCACGCUAUGAAGAACGGCCAGAUUAAGCCUGAAGUCGCUGUGAAACUUCUCGAAGCGCAGGCAGCAACAGGAUUCAUGAUCGACCCUGUGAAAGACGAGCUCCUAACCGUUGAUGAAGCUGUACGUAAGGGCCUUGUUGGGCCUGAGAUCCAUGACAAACUGCUCUCAGCUGAGCGUGCAGUAACAGGAUACAAGGAUCCGUACAGCGGAAAAGUCAUUUCUCUCUUCCAGGCCAUGAAGAAAGACCUGGUUUCCGAAGAAUAUGCCUUGAGGCUUUUGGAAGCCCAGAAUGCCACUGGAGGACUGAUGGAUCCGGAGUACUACUUCCACCUUCCGCUAGAUGUGGCCAUGCAGCGUGGCUACAUUAACAAAGAAACCCUUGAUAGGAUAACUGAACCUACGGCGGACAUCCGAGGUUACAUUGACCCAACAACAGAUGAGAAACAGACUUACGCUCAGCUGCUGAAGAGAUGCAGAGUUGAUAAAGAAAGUGGACUCCGGCUGCUUUCCCUGGCAGACAGACGACUUCUCUUCAAGGGUCUUAGAAAAACCAUCCCUGCAGAUGAGCUCCUCCGUUCACAGAUUAUUGACCAGAAGACCUACAGCGAACUCAUUGAAGGCAUCAUCACGGUGGAGGAGGUCAGCAGAGACCUGAAGAAGUACCUCGAGGGCACCAGCUGCAUAGCAGGCGUUUAUGUCGAAUCUUCCAAAGACCGUCUUUCUAUUUACCAAGCAAUGAAGAAGAACAUGAUCAGGCCGGGAACCGCCUUUGAGCUGCUUGAAGCUCAAGCUGCUACAGGAUAUGUGAUUGACCCCAUCAAGAACCUGAAACUGAAUGUCACAGAGGCUGUUAAAAUGGCCGUUGUUGGCCCAGAGUUUAAAGACAAACUCCUCUCAGCUGAACGAGCCGUCACAGGCUACAGAGACCCUUACUCUGGCCAGGUAGUCUCUCUGUUCCAGGCUAUGAAAAAGAAUCUGAUUCUGAAAGACCAUGGCAUUCGGCUACUGGAGGCCCAGAUCGCUACUGGGGGGAUCAUCGAUCCCCAGGAGAGCCACCGUUUGCCCAUUGAAACAGCAUAUGAACGUGGCCUCUUUGAUGAGGAAAUGAACACGAUUCUCACUGAUCCCUCUGAUGACACAAAGGGCUUCUUUGACCCAAACACAGAGGAAAACCUCACCUACCUGCAGCUGAUGGAGAGAUGCAUGACGGACCCAGAGACCGGCCUUCGUCUCCUGCUGCUGAAAGAGAAGAAACGCGAGAGGAAGACGUCGUCCAAGUCUUCGGUUCGUAAGCGAAGGGUUGUCAUCGUCGAUCCAGAAUCGGGCAAAGAGAUGUCCGUUUAUGAAGCGUACCAAAAAGGUCUGAUUGAUCACCAGACCUAUAUAGAGCUUUCAGAGCAGGAGUGUGAGUGGGAGGAGAUAACGAUAACCUCCUCGGAUGGAGUCGUAAAGUCCAUGAUCAUCGACAGAAGGUCUGGACGGCAAUAUGACAUUGACGAUGCCAUCACAAGAGGCCUGAUAGAUAAGUCUGCUCUGGAUCAGUACCGAGCUGGAACCCUGUCCAUAACAGAGUUCGCAGACAUGCUGUCCGGAAACAUGAGCGGCAGUAGAUCACGCUCAUCCUCCUUUGGCUCCUCUUCCUCCUACACCGCCAGCCCGGUGCCUUCCAUAAAAACACCCGCAACCACGUGGAAUGACCCAACUGAGGAGACCGGGCCUGUGGCCGGGAUACUGGACACAGACACACUGGAGAAGGUUUCCAUCACAGAGGCCAUUCACCGAAAUCUUGUGGACAACAUAACAGGUCAAAGGCUCCUGGAAGCUCAGGCCUGCACUGGAGGGAUCAUUGACCCGAACACAGGAGAGAAGUUCUCUGUGGCUGAUGCAAUGAAUAAAGGGCUGGUGGAUAAGAUCAUGGUGGACCGCAUCAGUUUAGCCCAGAAGGCGCACAAUGGGUUUGAAGAUCCCCGAACUAAGAGCAAAAUGUCUGCUGCUCAAGCUCUGAAGAAAGGAUGGCUUUACUACGAAGCCGGACAGCGGUUCCUUGAGGUCCAGUAUCUCACUGGUGGGCUGAUUGAACCAGAUGCUUCUGGUAGAGUCUCCAUUGAUGAGGCUGUGAAGAAGGGCACCUUAGACGCCCGCACCGCCCAGAAGUUACGAGAUGUCAGCGCGUAUUCCAAGUACCUCACCUGCCCCAAAACCAAGCUCAAGAUCUCCUACAAGGACGCCAUGGAGAGAAGCAUGAUUGAGGAGGGAACCGGUCUCCGGCUGCUCGAAGCUUCGUCUCAGUCCACCAAAGGCCUUUACAGUCCGUAUAGCAUCAGCGGCUCUGGCUCUGCGACCGGAUCCCGCUCUGGUUCCAGAACCGGCUCCAGGUCCGGCUCCAGGAGAGGAAGCUUUGAUGCCACAGGGUCGAGUUUCACAACAACCUUCUCGUCGUCAUCCUACGGUUCGCCGAGCUACAGCCGGCGGUACUGAGCAGGAGGCGGAGCAACGCUCACCAGAUGCCUGCAUCCCUGUGGAAUAAAGACCUCCUUUAUUCUGCUCUGCAUGGGGGUGUUACAAAACUUUCCUUUUUCCACCAAUAUAUUCAUUCGCUUUAUUGUAUAUCUUACACUGUAUGGCACCUCAUCAGAUCCAUAGUCAUGAACUGUAAGCAUUACAGCCGACCACCUACAGCCUACCUGACUAACAGUUUUAAAAUAAACGUCUAGUCUUCCGGAAACACUCAUUUAUUUCCUAGAAAAAUUGUUAUCAGAACCAGACCGGAUGUACAAACUAGGGUAUCUGAACAUGUGUAUAUUUCUGAAAGGACAAAAAGCUUCUCUGCAGAGCAGAAUAUGGAGUCUAUCGAUAGUGUGCCUCAAGAACGCCAAGCUUCAAGAUCUUCUCUCUCCUGAGCCACACUGCCAUAUUUACACUAUAAACCCAACUUCAUAACCAUAAACCCUGCAGUCGGAGCAACAUGUGCACACUGUGAGAUGGACACAUAGCAAGAGAGACCUGGGGACACUUUGACCAACACCAAUAAAUCCCUGCUGUUCUGGACGGCAGAAAGGAAGUGCCUUCAGCCUUCAGCUGGUCUCUCUGCUCAGACGUCAGCACUGGACUCCAGUGGACGCUGCUCCUCGGGAUUGAAACUCCCUGCUCUGCUGCUCAGUCUGCUUGCUUAGCAAAUGCUCCUCGUCUUUCACUGGGAGAAGCUGCAGACCUCAAACUGGUGCCUGACUGAAAGGUGAGCAGGUUUCCAGUCCGGCUGCAGAAGAAACACCUAAACUUAUUAGCCAAGAUUAAGAUCAUAGCAUUGACUUUGUUUUCCAGGCGAUGUAUGGCGACGGUAGCGAUGAUUAGUAAAAAAGUUUCUUUGAGAAAGAUCUUCAAGCUUCGCAGCUCAGCCAGUUUUUAUAUUUGACUCUACACAGCUUCGUUUUGAUGGUAGAUUUUCUUUGUAAAGCAGCACAUUUGAUCUAUAGCUCCUUUUAUUUUCAUACUCUAUAUUUCUGCUUUGCAUGAUUUACUAACAUAUAAAAGACAUAACAGCUAUAUCCUUUAAAAGCUUAUUUUUUUGCUGUGUUUGAGGUUUGAAGGAUGUUUGAGAGGAGUCAUCCAGCCUUGUUUGGUGUGUCUAUAAGUAAAUGGGACAAGAACAUUUAUUGUUACACCUUAAGCCUGUAAAUAAACACAAAAAUGAAAAGAA